AUGAUUUCACAAGCGGAGCCAGAAUCUUUCCUAGAAGAUAAUAUGGAACCGAGAAAGAAGCAAAAUAUACUACAAAUUCGCCAAAAUAUACAAUGUGUAUUAAAUAUGUCGACGGCAGUUCCUUUUAAAUUCUUCUCCAAAUACUCCUGUUUUUAUUGCUCAAAGAAAUUCUUUGAUUUCGACGAUUUACGACAGCAUACGAGCGUUGAACAUCCAGUAUGUGACCUGAAACAGAAGUGCAUGAAGAAGUGUAAGGGAGAAAGAAUAAACGUUAAGAUUGAUAUCUCAGCUUUAGCGUGCAAAGUGUGUUGUCUUCCAGUUGUAGAUUUAGAAGCUUUAAUCACGCAUUUAAUAGAUGAACACAAAGCGAACUAUGAUAAGACAAUAACCGGAUGCCUUGAACCUUUUCGGAUCAUCAAAGAUAAUAUACCCUGUCCAAUAUGUCCCGAUAAGGUGUUCCGAUACUUCGGGAUUCUAUUACGUCACGUGAAUGCAGAACAUAGUAACAAUAAUAGGAUUUGUGACUUCUGCGGCCGAAGUUUCAGGAAUGCGGCUAAUUUGAAUGUUCACAUAACAUAUUCACAUACAGGAUCGUGUGAGUGUGAUGUCUGUGGUAUUAAAUACAAAAAUCAAUGGUGUCUAGCUAGGCAUAGAGCUAAAUGCCACAACGCGAAGGAUCAUAAAUGUCCAAAAUGCCCAGAGACUUUUAAUUCACAGUAUCAUAAACAGAAACAUCUGAUAAAAAUGCAUGAUAUAGGCCAUAAAUGUGAUUACUGCGAUAAAAUGUUCACGAGGAAUUCUUUCAUGAAGGAUCAUGUUAGACGAAUUCAUUUAAAGGAGAAAAACGUACCUUGUUCUAUUUGUAACGAGAAAUUCUUUGAUAACUAUCUUUUAAGGAUGCAUAUGGUUAAGCAUGAGGGUGAUAGGAAGUUCUGUUGUUCCGUAUGUGGUAAGGCGUUCUUAAGAAGGAGUAAUUUGGCUUCACAUAUGGAAAUGCAUAAAAAAUAUGGUCAUGUUCAGUUGCAAAUUUGA